AUGGGAGAUUUCAACAAUGUAACCAAAGCCAUGGACAGAAUAGGCGGGAAUCUGGUGACUGAGAGAGAAUUUGAAGAUCUCAGAAGUUUGAUGGAUCAUGCUGGAUUGUAUGAGAAGGAAAGUAUGGGAGACUAUUAUACUUGGACCAAUAAACACUCUAUAGGCACCAUAUAUUCAAAAAUUGACCAUGUUCUUGGUAACAUAGCGUGGCUGCAGGAAAACAUUAAUUUGAAGUUGGAAAUUCUACCUCCUAGUAUCUCUGAUCACUGCCUGUUAAAAUUGAAUGCUGAUGUGGUAAAUAGAACAGUGCAGAAAAAUUUUAAAUUUACUAAUAGUGUAGUGAAGAUUGAAGGCUACCAUGAUACUGUCAAGCAGAGUUGGAACAAAGAAUUAAAGGCAGACCUAUGGCAAGAUUGUGGCAUAAAUUGA